GAUGAAUGUUUUAAGAGAAACACUCGCCGAAGAAUUAAAUAAAAUACGAUACGACACGAUUUCGUGUGGUGCCCUCAACACUCUACUGGGAACUUGCAAUCAGCCUAUAAUUAGCGAAAGGAAAGACGAGACUGACCCACUCUAUAGUCGUUUCCAAGAGUUUCAAUAUACAAAAUACCAACCAGCAGCCGACGAAUUAUGGAGAGUUUAUCAAGCAUCCAAAGCUGAACUCGACGAACAGUUCAAAAACCGGCCCGAAAGAAUUGACGAGUACGUUCAAAGGCGGUACGAAAGAGAAAGAAAUCGCUUGAAAUCUCGUAUUGAAUGUUCUUUGAAAAAUUUACAUAAAGCGCAAUAUAAAAGUGAAGGAUGUAAAUGUGUCCAGCCGAAUCACAACAAUUGGCAUAGGACCGCAAUCGAAAGGCAAAUUGCUCAAGAAUUUGGUAAAGGAAUUGCACCAGUAGAAGACCACUUCCAUUACGAUUAUCACGCGUUAUUUACAGCUGUCGAUCUACACAAUUUAACAAGCGAGCCUUUUAACGAUUAUUCCUUGGGUGUUCAUUAUUCCCAGCCUCCCAUUAGUUCAGCCUUACCACCGCAACAACCAUCGCCGUCGCCGCCUCUACCUUACCAUCCGAUUAAUGAUUCGCCCCCUACAGUCGGUUCAGUGCAAGGAUAUCAAAUACCGAAUGAGAUUAAAACGCCUCCUAUGUAUCACAAUCACUACUCGGAAAAUCCUUCAUCACCCGAAGAAUGCGAAGUUGUUAAUUAUAUACCAACGACAAAAUCGAAAACGCCGCCUUACGAUUCAAGGACACUAAGAAUUUUAGAAAGAUGGUACAACAAUAAUGUGCAGCACCCGUACGCCGAUAAGCAAACGUUGGCAAAUCUCUCACUACAAACGGGUUUAAAUCAGGAACAAAUAAGAAAAUGGUUAGCAAAUAGACGAAAUAGGUGUCGAAACGUUAAAAGACCAGCUGAAAUAGCUAAUUGGAGAAGGCAAACUUCAAGAAAGGGUUCUAAUAAUUAG